UGAACGGUUAGUUAGCAGUUGCAGUUCAUACCUCUUAAAGAGUUACUACUUGUACUACAGAACACUUUCAAUUUUAAUUAAAAGGAAAAAUGUUUCGUUUAACUGCUGCGUGCUUGGCGCUUUUCUUAGCCUCGGUUUCGGCCACGAAUGUGAGACAAUGCACAAAUGGUAGACCUUUCCCUUUGAGCGUUGAAAUCGAGGGAUGUGCGACCAUGCCCUGCAAUGUGGUAAAGGGCAGUACAGCGGUCAUGAAAGUCAACUUCGUGGGCACACGCGAUAAUAUCAAAUCCAUCAAUGGUGUGGUCCAUGCUACCGCUUUGGGGCUAACAGUGCCCUAUCCAUUGCCCGACGAUGUUGCCGAUGUCUGUCGCAAUUUGUUGUAUGGUGCCUCAUGCCCCAUCGAUGAGUCCGAGGAUGUUGUAUACAACUUCAAUUUCUACAUUGAUCCCUCUUACCCAGAAGUCAGUGUGAAAGUCGAAUUGGAUUUGGUUGAUGAAGACAAGCAAUCCGUGGCCUGUUUCGUUACCGAUAUUAAGGUACAAAAAUCUUAAGAUGAAAAUGGACUAGAACUACAAAAAUAUUGAAAAAUUUAAGUUAAAAAUGGAAUGAAUUUUAUUAUGUAAAUUAAUGUACCUUCACACUUAUUUGUUGCACUAAUAAACCAAUUAUAAAUUGUAAAUAAA